UACUCCCAAAUCAUACCACAUUCCUAAAUCAUACCACAUUCCUAAACCACACCACAUUCCUAAAUGUCUGAACUCAGCAACGAUAACAGCAUCGCCACUGAAUUGGCCGACGGUGGCGUGCCUGCUUUCAGACCACGUUUCUUAUCUCUCACCGGCGAAAUCACCAGAGCAGUGGUCAUUCCAAGUAUCUCCCCAGUCUCUCCGGAUACCACCGCUGCUUCUAGUGACACUGACAUGAUCCCUGUUGACGGGACGUCUGAACGGAGAGAGUCAGAUGUGAGCUUGAUUGAUAUCUAAAACAAUCCGAAUCUAACCAGUCGGCAAGGAGGACAUUCCCUAGAGCUGAAGUGAAUCGUGCUAUACGUCCUAUCUUAGUAUGGUAAGCCUGAUUACCUAGUUCAUGAUGAUUCUGGUCCCAUAAGAGCACUCUGCCGUGCGAAAUCUGGCGUGAUAUCUUCCUAUUCUAGAAGGUAGUUUAUCGAUCAUGAUAUGGGGUGGCUAUUAGUUACGAUACAGCAGCAGUCAUGGAUGGGGAGUCAUAAUACUUUGGGAUUUUAGGUGAAUAUUUAUAUGUUAACUAUGGUAAAUAAAUGUAAAAUUACAUUA